AUGGUCUCUACCGCCACCACCACUGGUCCCGCUGCCAGCAGCACGAGCUGUGGAUCGUCGGCGCAAUAUGAACUCCCCGUGAAAGACGCUGCCUGCGGUGUCCCCAAUACGAACAAAUAUAAACCUCUCCUUGAGAAGUGCGUCCAACCGGCCGGGGUCCUCGCUUACAAUCACGAUUGUGCCGUAUACGGGCUGGCGGUCGAUCAGUCCGUCCAGGAUCUCACCGACUGCUUGUAUGACGCCGGCGUAGCCUGGAAAGACGUCUGGUGCUACGGCGAUACCAAUGCCACGGCCACAGCCACUUCCUACCCGACGGCCACUACGACCUCCAGCAAGACUCGCACCGCCAGCUCCUCGUCCGCCAGCUCCACGGAAACGUCGGCGGCUACGUCGGUGCACGCCUCCAAGGGCCCGAUCAACUUGCCGUCCGUCGUGAUCCUUUCAACCCUUCUCGCGUCUGUUGCUCUGCUUAGCUUGCAGUGA